AUGUUCAGACUUGUGGAUCUACUUGUCAUGGCGACUCUCGCCUUCGCCGCUCCCGCCCCUGCGACCAAGAGGGCCAACGAGUCGGCAGUCGAUCAGUAUUUACCCCCGGCAGUCAAAGCGAACUCCCGGGCCGGCGAUGCCAGUCUCAUCCAAUCCUUGCUACUAGCUCCCACCCAAAAGCAGCGGGUUAAUCUACUGAACCAGCCCGGCGACUUCAUUUUCGACUUCACCAACCCACCCGAGGGUGCGACCUCGACGGGCAAAGGAGGUAAGAUCGUCUCCGCCAAUGCCGAGACGUUCCCAGGCCUUAUCGGCAAUGGAGCAGCGAUGACGGUCGCUUUUCUUGGGCCUUGCGGUCUCAAUUCGCCGCAUGUGCACAACCGCGCGACCGAGCUCAACAUUCCCGUCAAGGGCCGGCUCGUGACAUCCUUCUUCGAGGAGAACGGCGUCACGGCCCGCGAAGAUUUGGCCGAGACCUUCACCCUGGCCGUUUUCCCACAGGGAGCUAUACAUGCUGAGUACAACCCGGACUGUGAGGAUGCUGUCUUCGUUGCCGCGUUCAACAACCCAGACCCCGGCGUUGAACAAGUCGCUCAGGCCUUCUUUAACCUUCGUGAAGACAUCGUGCAAUCGACGCUCAACGGCGUAAGCAUGCUCAAUGGUGAGGAUAUUGAGAGCUUCAAGGAUGCGCUGCCCGCCAACAUCGUCAAUGGCGUCGAGAGCUGCCUGGCCAAGUGUGGUAUUGCGAAGAAGGCAAAGAGGGCCAUGGCCCAGGUUCUGGCUGCCUAA